AUGCUGUUUCUGCUGCUUCCAUUGCUGGCUGUUCUCCCAGGUGGUGACAAUGAGAAUGGGUUUGAAGAGCCUAUCUCCUUCCAUGUCAUCCAUAUCUCAUCCUUUCACAACCGUUCCUGGACACAGACUCUUCUCUCAGGAUGGCUGGGUGAGUUGCAGACUCACAGGUGGGACAGCGGCUCUGACACCAUCAUUUUUCUGCAGCCCUGGGCCAGGGGCAACUUCAGCAACAAGAAGUUGAUAACACUGAAAAAGUUUUUCCACGCACACAUUGUUAGAUUUGUUCAGGGAUUUCACUACUACGCCCGUCAGUUACAAUUUGAAUAUCCUUUUGAGACACAGAUGACAGCAGGCUGUGAGCUGCACCCAGGGGGGGUCUCUGUAGGCUUCCUGUGGAUAGCUUAUCAAGGAUCUGAUUUCAUAAGCUUCCAGAACAAUUCAUGGCUGCCAUCCCCAAAGGGUGGAAGUAGUGCCCAGUUUGUCUGCAGAGCACUAAAUCAGGAAGAACAUGAGAAGGAAAUGGUCCAGAAGCUCCUCAGUGACAACUGCCCACAUUUCAUCCUGGAUAUUCUUGAUGCAGUAAAGGCAGAGCUCCAGCGACAAGUGAAGCCAGAGGCGUGGCUGUCCAGUGGCCCCACUCCUGGGCCUGGACGUCUGCUGCUGGUGUGCCAUGUUUCUGGAUUCUACCCGAAACAUGUGUGGGUAAUGUGGAUGCGGGGUAAACAGGAGCAGCUGGAUACUCAGCGAGGUGAUGUCCUGCCCAAUGCUGAUGGAACGUGGUAUCUCAAAGUAACCCUGGAUGUGGAUACUGGGGAGGCAGCUGGCCUGUCAUGUUGGGUGAAGCACAGCAGUCUAGGAGGCCAGGACCUUGUCCUCUACUGGGAUCAUCACAUCUCCACGGGCUUGAUCUUCUUGGCAGUGAUAUUGCUUCUCGCUCCUCUGAUAGGUCUUGCAUUUUGGCUUCGGAAGUUCCGGUGA